GAGCCACCACAAUUCUGUAGCCUCUCAGCUCCAUGGCGCAACGCUCAAUCAAUCUCCAUGAGUGCAUCCGACAAUACUGUAUGCAGAGGCUCUCGAUAGCUCUUUAUGAUGUCCAUUGAGAGACUCGCAUCAUGUCUUAGAAUCAAACAACGAGAGCUCGAAUUCUGCCCACAGCCACAGCCACAGCCACAGCCAUCGAACGCUAGCCGGGAUCCACCUCUCGUUCUCACACCGCACCGACAAAAAGAGCAAGGUAAGGCAAGGGCAAGCAAGAGAAGGCUCAAGCCAACCUCGUCCUUCUCGCACAACUCGGGCAUAACUGCCCAUGUCCUCCUCACCUUUCCUUCCCUCCUUCCCUUGGUAUAUAGCCUGUCCGUCGGCCUCUCUGCUGGCAGAAAUGAAAACUUCACUCUGAUCAAUUGUUUGCUGGUCGUGUGGUUCAUUCACUCGUUCGUUCCCCUCCACUCGUUCAAUCACACAAUCACACAAUCACACAAUCACACAAUCACACAAUCACACAAUCACACAAUCACACACCACAUAUAUCCUCCGGCCCGCAUCCGCAUCACAUCAUCUUACGCCUUCGACACACUUGAAAGAAUACCCGCCUAGAGGAUUCUGCAGCACGUUAGAGAAUCGACUGGGACAGACUGAUUCAGAGAAGGGAGAAAGGGAAGAAGAAAAUUUGAUAAAGACCUCGAGAAAGACGG